AUGCAAUAUCAACUGACCUUUUUUUUGUACCUUGGGUUGCUUAGUUACACGGAAGCUCAAGAUGACUGCGGUGGACGUGCCUGUCGCCCCGCCAUGGGCCAUCUCCUGGUGGGUCACAGCGCACAGCUCGAGGCUCCUACCUGCAGGCUGGACGGGGCCCAGAAAUACUGCAUCCUUAGCCACCUCGAGGGGGAACAAAAAUGCUUCAUCUGUGACUCCAGGUUUCCAUACGAUCCUCGCUCCCACUCCAGCAGCCACACCACUGAGAAUGUAAUUCCAAGUUUUGAACCAGACCGAGAAAAGACAUGGUGGCAAUCUGAAAACGGUCUUGAUCAUGUCAGCAUCCUGGACCUAGAGGCGUUAUUUCAGUUCAGUCACCUUGUUCUGACCUUUAAGACUUUUCGGCCUGCUGCCAUGUUGGUUGAACGCUCCGCGGACUACAGACACACCUGAGGGGUGCUGAGAUAUUUUGCCAAAGACUGCGCUUCUUCCUUUCCUGACAUCGCAUCUGGCUAGGCUCAGCUAGUGGGAGACCUUGUCUGUGACUCCAGAUACUCAGAUAUUGAACCCUCAACUGGUGGUGAGGUUGUUUUAAAAGUUUUGGAUCCCAGCUUUGAGAUAGAAGACCCUUACAGCCCCCACAUUCAAGACCUCAUGACAUUAACAAAUCUGAGGAUAAACGUUACCAAACUCCAUACCCUUGGGGAUUCGUUGCUGGGAAGGAGGCAAAACAAUGCCCUUAAUAAAUACUGCUAUGCUCUGUAUGAGCUGGUGGUUCAGGGAAGCUGAUUUUGCAACAGCCAUGCUAGCGAAUGUGGCACAAUGCAGAAGGUGUGGGGAGAUGUUUUCAACCCUUCCGGAAUGGUCCACAGUUGGUGUGUCUGUCAGCACAAUACAGACGUCCCGAACUGUGAGAGGUGCACAGACUUCUUCCAGGAUGCUCCUUGGCAGCCAGCUGCAGGCGUCCGGGACAACGCUUGCACAGCUUGUCGCUGUAACAGCCACUCUGACCGCUGCCACUUCGACAUGACUGCGUACGUGGCGAGCGACGGCCAUAGCGGGAAUGUAUGUGACAACUGCCAGCACAACACAGAGGGCCAGCACUGCGAUCACCGCAGACCCUUCUUCUACAGGGACCCCCUCAAGGCCAUCUUGGAUCCUUACACGUGCACUGCUUGUGAAUGUGACCCCAAUGGGACCAUAUCGGGUGGCAUUUGUGUGAGCCACUCAGAUCCAGACUUGGAGUCUGUGGCUGGCCAGUGCCUGUGUAAGGAGAACGUGGAAGGAGCCAAGUGUGACCGGUGUAAGCCCAACCACUAUGGACUGAGCGCCACUGACCCCCUGGGCUGUCAGCCCUGCAACGGUAACCCCCUCGGGAGUCUGCCAGUCUUGACCUGUGAUGCGGAUACAGGCCAGUGCUUGAGUCGGUCGUUUGCUGCAGGACCACGCUGUGAAGAAUGCCCUGUCGGAUACUGGGGCCUGGAAAGCCACCUGCGUGGAUGUUCUCCCCGUGACUGUGAUAUUGGAGGUGCUCAUUGCAACGUGUGCUCACCCAAGGAUGGGCAGUGUGAUUGCCGUCCGCAUGUCACAGGCCGCAGGUGCACUGAGCCAGCGCCCGGCUACUUCUUCGUUCCUUUGAAUUUCUACCUCUACGAGACAGAGGAAGCCACGCCACUCCAGGGACUGGCGCCUUUGGGCUCGGUGACUUUUGGCCAGCUGCCCGUGGUUUCCGUUGUUCUCCGAGAGCCAGUUCCUGGGAUGCCUGUUACGUGGACAGAGCAUGGCUUGGCCAGGGUUCUCCCUGGGGCCGGCUUGAGAUUUGCUGUGGGGACCAUCCCCUCUCCCAUGGACUUCACUGUUGCCAUUAUUCACAAUGAGACCCAGUCCGCAGCCGACUGGGCUGUCCAUGUGGUUAACCCCGCUGGAGGGAGCGAGCACUGUCCACGCAAGACCCCACAGCCAAAGCCUCAACCUUUUGUUUUACCAGCGGCUUCCAGAAUCGUGCUGCUUCCCACAGCCAUCUGUCUGGAACCAAAUGUACAGUAUUCCAUAGACAUCUCUUUCUCCCUGCCUUCAGAAGGGGAGCUCCGCGCUCCUUCACACAUCCUGGUUGAUUCCCUUGGUCUCAUUCCCCAAAUCAAGUCAUUGGAGAAUUUCUGCAGCAAGCAGGAUUUAGACGAGUAUCAGCUGCACAACUGUGUCGAAAUCGCCUUGGCAACGGGCCCUCAGGUACUCCCUGGAGCAUGUGAAAGGCUUAUAGCCAGCUUGUCUGCCAGGCUGCACAACGGGGCUGUGGCCUGCAAGUGUCACUCGCAGGGCUCGGUGGGGCCCAACUGCAGCCGACUUGGAGGCCAGUGCCAGUGCAAGUCUGGUGUGACUGGGCGCUGCUGUGACACGUGCUCAACAGGAAGCUACGGUUUGGGGCAUCAUGGCUGUCACCCAUGUCACUGCCACCCUCAAGGCUCAAAGAGCACCACCUGUGACCAAGUAACAGGACAGUGUCCCUGCCACGGAGAGGCAGCCAGCUGCCGUUGUGAGGGCUAUUUUGGGUUUCCCAACUGCCGCCCCUGCCUUUGUAACGGGUUCGCCAAACUCUGUGAUCCAGAGACAGGGUCAUGCUUCGAUUGUGGAGGUUUUAUGACUGGGAGAAACUGUGAAAAAUGCAUCGAUGGUUACUAUGGGAAUCCUUCUUCUGGACAGUCCUGCCAUCCUUGCCAGUGUCCAGAUGUUCCCUCAAGCCAUCAGUAUUUUGCCGACUUCUGUUAUCAGAAUCCUUGGAGUUCAGAAGUCAUCUGCAGUUGUCUUCAAGGUUAUGCAGGUAUGCAGUGUGGUGAAUGCUCUGCUGCUUUCUAUGGAAAUCCAAGAGUUUCCGGAGCACCCUGCCGGCCGUGUGCGUGCAACAAUAGCAUCAACAUGAGCGACCCAGGAUCGUGCAGCCCCAUCACAGGGGAGUACCUGAAGUGUCUGCGCAACACCCAGGCCAGCUGCCAGCUCUGCAGACCAGGUCACUUUGGAUCGGCCCUCAAUCAGACCUGCAGAAGAUGCGCCUGUCAUCCUUCCGGUGUGAGUCCCACUGAGUGUCCCCCUGAUCGGGGAGCUUGCCUCUGUGACCCUGACACUGGCACGUGCCCUUGUCUGCCCAACGUCACAGGCCGGGCCUGUGACCAUUGUACCGACAGAUACUGGAAUCUGGUCCCCGGCAGAGGAUGCCAGCCAUGCGACUGUGACCCCCGGACCUCUCGCAGUAGCCGCUGUGACCAGUUUACAGGCCAGUGUCCGUGUAGAUUAGGCUAUGCUGGGAAACGCUGCAGUGAGUGCAUGGAAAAUUAUUGCGAUGAUCCCCUGGGGCAAUGCAUCCCAUGUGACUGCAACAGGGAAGGCUCCCAGAGGCCCUUCUAUGACCAGGAUACGGGCAUGUGUCGCUGCCAGGAGGGUGUUAGCGGCCAGCGAUGUGAUCGCUGCGCCCGGGGUCACGGCCAGGAAUUCCCUACUUGUCUUCGGUGUCACUUGUGCUUUGAUCAGUGGGACCACAGCAUUUCUUCCCUCUCCAAAGCGGUGCAAGGGUUAAUGAGACAGGCUGCUAACAUGGGAGAUAAAAGAGAGACCCUGCCUGUCUGCAAGGCAGACUUCAAAGGCCUGAGAGAGGACAUGUCUGCAAUAGAAAGGAUUUGGAGACAUCCUGUUUUCUCAUCUGGGGAAUUCUUGAAAGUCAAGGAUUAUCACGACUCCGUUCGGGAACAAAUCAUGGAGCUAAGUGAGCAGCUGAAUACAGUAUGUGAAUUUCAAGAUCUGAAAGAAACAAUAGUAAGGAUGGGGAAUGAAGCUAACCUUUUACUUGAAGAUCUUCAGGAAGAAAUUGAUUUGCACUCCAGUGCCUGUAAUGCAAGCAUCAUGGAUACCUCAGAGAACAUCAGGAAGUAUCAGAGAUCUUUAUCUGCUGCAAAGAAAACUGACGAUACUGCUUCCAUCAUUAAUAAGUCUGAAAAAACCAGGAAUGACUUAAGUACCAUUUUAGCUGCACUAACCUCAAAAGAAAACUUGUCAUUGAAAAUAUCAAAGUAGAUCAAGACACCGGAUAUUCAAAAAUUGAAUGGAAAGGUGUGCGGGGGACAUGGGGUCUCGCCCUGUGUGCUUUUGCCCUGUGGAGGCCCCAGCUGUCGUGGUUCCCUGACUCUCUCCAGCAACGCCCUCCAGAAAGCUCAGGAAGCAGGGUCCCGGACUCGCAAUUUGAACAACCAGGUUCAAGGAUUGAAGAAUCAGAUUAAGAACAUAAGUAAACUGGCAGAAGUCUCCAAAACCAAUGCCUUACAGCUAAGUGAGAAGCUGAGGAAUAAGGAAAACCAAAGUGACUCUGAAGAAGAAAAAAUGAAUCUUUUAAUCAAAAACCUGAAAACAUUUUUGUUAGAGGAAAACGUGCCUCCGGAGGACAUAGAAAAGGUUGUAAAUCGUGUACUUGACGUCUGCCAACCAGUCAUGUCACAAAAUCUAACCCACGAAAUUGACAAAAUACAGAAAUUUUCACAACCUUGCAAGGACUACAGGACGGAGGAGAACAGGCUACGUAAAGCAGCAGAUGGAGCCCGAGAAGUUCUGGUGAAGGCAAAAGCAGCCAAAAAAGCAGCAAACGUUCUAUCAAAUCUUGACAAAAUGUUGAAUAAGUUGCAGCAAGUUCAAAUCACUCAAGGACAGGCAGAUUCUACCAUCGCACAGCUGACUGCCGAGAUAAGAACGAUAAAAAAGAAUGUACUGCAGGUUGACCAACAGGCUCAGGAGACGAAGAAGGAGCUGGACUUAGCGAAGCAGCAGUCAGCGCUGGAGGGUGGGCUUGGCCGGCUGAGGACCAAGUUGCAAAGGGGCCGGGACGAGGCCACCCGAGUGCGAGCUCAGGCUGAAUCAGCCCGGCGCCAGGCUGGGGGCCUGGAGGAGGAGUUUGUUGAGCUCCAAAAUCGAUAUGCUAUUCUUCAACAAAAUAUAAGCCUUGCGGGACUGACGAAGGACACAUUAGGAAAAGUGAAACAGCUAAAGGAUGCAGCAGCAAAACUGGCUGGAGAUACAGAGGACACGACAAGAAGAAUUAUAGAUUUAGAAAAGAAGGUCCAAGAUUUGAAUCUAAGUAGACAAGAAAAAGCUGUUCAGUUGAAAUAGUUGGAAGAUCAAGUCAUUGCCAUUAAAAAUGAAAUCGUUGAGCAAGAAAACAAAUAUGCGACCUGCUAUAGUUAGGCAGAGUUCAAGUGAAAAAUCACCUGUGCUUUCUUUGCUGGCUUCUGAUGAGCAAACUGUGCUGUGCUGUGCUGGAGCUGUGCUGAAGCUGGGAAACACAAACGGUCAGCCUCUUCUGCGUCUCUUCCCCCAACCCCUUCCUUGCCGGAUGUGGCUGCACAGUGAAACUUGGCCAAGAAAAAGCCACUUUAUCUGUGGAAG